UCGCGUCUGGUUAAUGUCUCUUAUCUCCCUAGUGUUUAUUUUUAUUUUAGUCCUGUGGUUUGAUGUUCAUAUGAUGCUUAUUGGGAAUAGCGUCCUCAGUGUAGCUCAGUAGAACACGCCACGUUUCAUUUGGUCCCACUUCCUACUAACUCGUGGACAAUAAGAUUCACUUGACAGGUCUGACCGCUGCUGUUCUAUUGUUUUUUUUGUGUUGUCCGACUCCUGACAGGUUGGCGGGUAUCACCACGUCUCCUUCCAGCUUUCCUGACUGGGCAUGGAUCAGCAGAAAUAGCAGGCACCAUGGGAGGAGAACAGAGUCGCGUUGAAGGAGGAAGCGGAGGCGGCGGCGGCGGAUCAGGAGGGAGCGGCAGCGGGGGAAGCACGGGGGGGCGGGGCUCGGACGGGACGGCACCGGGGGCAAGGAGGGGGUCGGAGAAUAACAGGCCUACCUCCACCUCUCCCCGCCCCUCCAUCUCCUCAGACGCUGAUCUCCCCUACAUCUCCUACACCGUGAACCGACCCAUUGGAGACUCCCCCAAACACACAUCACGGGGGCUGCGGGGCCUGCGAGGGUCUGGCGGAGGGGGUUCGCCACGGAGGAGCCGCUAUCACCGAGGCCCCCACGCCCACACACGCCCGCAGGAGGUGGUGGUGGUGCGGGAGGCCACCACCACCACCACCACCGUUGAUCCCGAGCUGGCCAGGUUGCAGUCCAUCCCGACGUUCCUGCCUAUCAUGCGUGGCGCCCUCACAGCCCCAUCAGCAAGGGACCCUGAGGUACUGGAGCGCCUGGACACUGCUGCCCUUGUGGAACUCUGUCGCCGGUACCAAUGCCACCUGCACCUCGCUGCCGCCACCACCACCCAGGCACAGGAUGCCCUUGCUAACAAAAUCCGUGAUGUGGAGAGCAGCCUUAGCACCGCCGUGACCAACCUGACGGAUAGACAGAAGAGCUAUGCCUGGUACGCUGAGAAACUUGGGCAUGUUAGUGAGGUCAGCCAUGCUCUCUCCCGCUGCCACGCAUCCCUUAACCUGAUUCUUGAGAGCCUGGACGCCCUCAACACAGCCCUGCCUAUUAAUGAGCGACUGGAGCCCUUUGUUUGGACCACUGGCUGAGGGGAGGUGCAAGGGGGAGGGCGUGGGAAGGCCAGAGAAGAGAGAAAGCUGUGAUGUUGUGAUGGGGUUAUACUUAAGAGGAAAUGGGAGUUGGAGUGUUGAGUUAGUGGUCAGAUCUAAAGGGGAAUGAAGACUAUGAUGUUGUGAAAUGUUGUGAUGGAGGUUAUACUUAAGGGAGGAAUAGUUAGAGGUGCAGAAUAUACAAAUGGUCGCAAGAUGUGAAUGGAAAGGGAGACAGUGGGAUGCGAGAGGGAAGGAUAAGAGGCUGUGAUGAAUUAGUAGUAAGACAGACAGACAAGUGGGUUAUGGUGUAUAUAGUUAACUGUAACGAUGAGUGAAGGAAGAAUGACAAUAGGGAAAGAAAAGAGAAGAAAGAGAGAGAGAGAAUGAUGUGGAUGUAAAUAAUGAUAUAUACAGUUGACUGAUCAAUUGAAUGACUGGUUGAUGGGAAUUCUCCACUGAUACGAGAUGAAGCAAAAGAAGCAGAGGGAGUGAUUGUACAGUAACAGUUGAUAGUGAUGGGAAGGAGUGUAGGGAAAAGGAAAUGGGAGAUAAUGGCAAAAGAAGAAAGGAGAUGAAAAAAGAGGAGAAAGAUGAAAGAUGAGAGGGAAGAGAUGGGUUUGAUGUGGGAGAGAGAGAGAGAGAGAGAGAGAGAGAGAGAGAGAGAGAGAGAGAGAGAGAGAGAGAGAGAGAGAGAGAGAGAGAGAGAGA